AUGGGCGACACCGCGUCCCUCAUCGGCGUCGCCAUCGCCUGUGCGGGCAACGUCCUCAUCUCAUUGGCACUCACAAUCCAAAAGCUCGCACACAGCCGACAGGAGCGGGACGCGCUCUCCUCCUUGGUCACGACCGCCCAUCCGGUGGGCAUCGAACCCGAGCGGCGACCAAGCGGGGCAUCCACCCGCUCAUUCUCGCCCACGUACGGGGCGGAUGGCGACUGGGCCACCCUCGGCGCAAAUGCGAGGCUAGGCGACAGUCCUGUCGCGGUCCAGGUCGAGCUCGCGGACGGUGUGCAUGGUCUUGAUGGCGCACAGAGCCCACCGGCUGUCAACGAGGGUGACUACCUCCGCUCCAAGCUGUGGUGGCUCGGCCUCGCACUCAUGUCGGUGGGCGAGUGCGGCAAUUUUCUCUCGUAUGGCUUUGCGCCUGCGUCAGUCGUCGCACCUCUGGGUACAGUCGCCCUUAUUGCCAACUGCGUAUUUGCCCCGCUAGUCUUACAUGAACGCUUUACCAAGCGCAACGUCCUCGGUGUCGCCCUCGCCAUCCUCGGGGCCAUCACCGUUGUGUGGUCUGGCAAGGGAUCCAAUCCACGCCUGUCGCCGGAUGAGCUAAUCGCUGCAAUCAUUGCGCCGCCCAUGAUCGCGCUCAUGGCUGUCACUGCUGUUCUUAUCGGCAUAGGCGUGUGGCUGUCAAACGAGCCAUUCGGCGCGCAGCACAUCGUCGUGGACGUCGGUACCUGCGCCCUCUUUGGCGGAUACACUGUCAUGGCGACCAAGGCGCUCUCGUCCCUCAUGUCGACGUCCCCGCUCACGGCACUCAGAGAGCCCGUCGCUUGGGGCGCCAUUGUCAUCCUUAUCGUCACUAGUGUCUUUCAGAUCAAGUUCCUUAACCGCGCUCUCAUGCGCUUCGAGUCCAAGGAGGUUAUUCCCACGCAGUUUGUCUUCUUCUCCAUGUCGGCGAUCGUUGGGAGUGCCGUGCUCUAUGAAGAGUUCCGGGACAUGACGCUCUCGACCGUGGUCAACUUUGCUUUUGGAAUCGCCACGACCUUUCUCGGCGUCUACUUCCUCACGACGCCGCCGGGCGAGGUGUCUGAACCGGAGGAGCUCCUUGUGGUACCGCAGCCACGCCUCCCGCUCUCCCCAGUAGCCGAGGAGACGCCGCUUCUCAGACGCUCCAACUCAUCGCGCCGUACCUCGCUGGCCCCAACAGGGAGGCUGAUCAAGCGCGGCUCGCAGAGCAACAUAGCGCUCGGCGUCACGCAAGGAGGUCUCCUCUUGCUGGCAAGCACACCCCCAGUAUCCCCGUCUACGUCGUUAGGGCAUCGCGCCCCUUCGCGCUCGUCUUUUACGACUGAUGGUGCCAAUGGGCAAUCGCAGGGGAAUUGGCAGGCUUUUGAGAACGUGUUGCCGGGUGUAUCAUCUAGAAGGUAG